UCGCCGCGGCGCGGAUUGGCCGGGCGGCGGCCGGGCCCGGGCGCGGGGAAUCCCGGAGCCGCCGCGUUAUACCCGCGGGCGCGGCCCGCGGCUGCCAGAGCCGGGCGGCGGGCGGACGGUGCGCGUCGGCCGGGAGAGUCACAGCUCGGCACUGCAGGGCACAGCGAGCCAACAUGCCGGUGUCAAGAAUGCGCAUGAGGCCGUGGUUGGAAAUGCAGAUUGAUUCCAAUCAAAUACCUGGACUGAUAUGGAUUAACAAGGAUAAGAGGAUCUUCCAAAUCCCAUGGAAACAUGCAGCUAAGCAUGGCUGGGACAUGGAGAGGGAUGCCUGCCUUUUCCGGAGCUGGGCCAUUCACACAGGAAGGUAUAAAGAAGGUGAGAAAGAUCCUGAUCCAAAAACCUGGAAGGCAAAUUUCCGCUGUGCCAUGAAUUCACUGCCUGACAUCGAAGAAGUGAAGGAUAAAAGCAUCAACAAGGGCUCCAGUGCUGUCAGGGUUUACAGGAUGCUGCCACCCUUGACAAAGCAUCAGAAGAAAGAAAGGAAGUCAAAGUCUUCAAGAGAGGCAAGAAACAAGAGCAAGAGAAAGUGUUGUGAAGAGACGAGGCUGAAAGAGUCAGCAGAAAGCUUAACCAACACUCCUCUGCCAGAUGACCACAGUGGCUACACCAUUCACGACUAUGCAGGGCAGGAAGUGGAGGUGGAGAGCACAGCCAUCACCUUAGACCUGUCCUCCUGCGAGGUGAGCGGCUCCCUGAGCGACUGGAGGCCACCGAUGGAGGUCACCAUGGCUGACAGCACCAACGACCUCUACCAGCUCCAGGUGUCUCCCCUGGCUUCCUCCUCAGAGGUCACAGACGAAGAUGAAGAGGAAAUAACCCCGGAUAUUUUUAAGCUGCUUGGACCAGCCCAAGACUGGCACAGCACCAGCAUUGGGGGGAAAGGCUUUCUGACCAACGAGUCAGGCACCCAGAGCCUGUGCAGCACCUACGGCUACAAGGAGCAGGAUGGGGACAUUGACACCACAUCAGGAGAGAUGGAUUUCAGGCUCUAUGACCAGAAGAACAGCCUAGACUUCUCCUGGCUGGAAACAGUGAGGCCAACCAUGCAAGUCAUUCCCUGUGGAUUGUAAACCUUUGGCUUCCUCCAACCACAAACUGCUCUUGAAUCCAAACUUGAGCAAGCAUGGGAGAGUGGAACACAUUUUUUGUUACUGACUGAAGGAAGACAGUGGCUUUUCUAUUCCGUUUCAACUGUAGGCCUGGAAAGGUUAGCAUGAAAACCACCAUGAUCAAUGUUCAAAGGAACCCAUCUCACUGGCAGGACUCUGGUGCUCAAGAUGCUCAGCUGCAGCUCCCACCUCACUGCUCGGGAGGUGAAGCUUCUGCUGGAAGGUGUCACUGUGCCAUGGAGCCUGAGCUGGUGGGGUACCACGGGCCUGGGGAGCAGGUUACCAUCCUCCCCACGUGUGCUGUGAUGAGCACUUUACCCACAGAGUGCUUAGAGGAGACACUGCAGAUAAGUCUCUGACUGUUAGUUUUGAUUGCUGCUUACCUGUGCAACACUGGUGACAUUGAGCUUAACUGUCAUUACACUUCUGGAGAAAAAUUAGGCUAAUGGGCCAUCUCUUCUUUGAUUUACUCCAUCAUAUAGUUCACCUUUCAGACCCUUCCACUCUGUAAAUAGACCACUAAAAUGUGAAGAUUCAGUUUAGGCUUUGCUUCCACUUAGUCCAUUCCCCAGGUGCACUCCUAGGAUGCUCUCUGCCAUAGGCAUGCCCUAUCCCUUUCCUCAGAAGGGUUCAAGAGCUGCUGCAUGAAACAAUUUUGCACUGAUGGGGCAGAGUUCUUUAUUUCUACCGUGCCUUUUUGUAGAUUCCUUCUGGCACUCUGUGGAGAUUCCUCCAGUACUGCACACAAGCUGUAACAUCCCACAGAUCCUCUGGAUCAGCAUAUGCAGGCAAGUGCUGGAUGGAAGAGGUUCUAAUGUGUGUGUGUGUAAUAGAUAGGAAUCAAAUCACUAAGCUCAAAAAGAUUAUUUUUCUUGUACAUUUUAUUUUUGUAUAUAAAGUGUUGUAUAAAAUGUUGUUUAAUAAAAUGUUUUAUAUAUGA